AUGAUUCAACAAUUAACACAAGAAAAUAAAAAUUUAAAAACGGGUUUAGAUGAGUUAACAAAAAAAUAUGAAGAAACAUGUUUAAAGUAUGCAAGCAAAAUAGACGAAGAUCAAAAUUCAUAUCAAACAAAAUUAACUGAAUUAAAAAAAGAGUUAGAAGAGAAACAAACUCUUAUUGAAAAAGAAAGAACAGAAAAAUUACAAAUGAAAUACGAAAGUUCAAUGAUGAAAUUAAAAGUUAGUCAAUAUGAAAAAGAAAUAGAACAACUUAAACAAGAAAUAAUACUUCAACCUGAACGAAAAGUUCCAAAUGAAAUAUCUACACAAAUACCAACGGAAAAUUUAGCAAAUGGAACUGAAUCUGAGUCUCAAACGGAACUAAAUAUCAUUACAGAAAGUAAAAUUAAAAGAUCUACUAGACAAAGAAAGAAAACUGUAACAAAGUCAGAAAAGAAUUUAGUUUUGCAAGCCACUCAACCUCAAGAUGACAAACAAAAAGAAGAUGGAAUUUCAAGUGAUUUAAUCAAUACUUCAAUAGUUCAAUCACCAAAUAAAGAGAAAGUUAAUCUCAUUAAAAAUUCAGAUAUUAAUUGUAAAGCAAACCAAUUAAUAUUUUCAAAUACUAGCCUCAGUAAAGCUCCAAAAGAAAUUGUUUUUGAAGUUAAAUAUGAUUUAGUUUUACAAAUAGUUCAACAAUUUUAUAAAGAAGGAAGGUCAAUUGAAAUUUGUAAACGAAGAAAAUGUAUUCGUGCAUCUAUUGUAUUUAGUGAAUAUCAAAAGAUUUGUAAAUUACAAUUAGUUAAUGAACGUUCUGAUGAAAAAAAAAUUUGGAAUUUAAAUCGUUCAUUAUUGAGGCAAUUCAAUUCUUGUAUUGUUCAUAUGGAAAGUGAACGACUCAAGAAAGGUUAUGAAAAAAAUUUUGAUUUCUUAAGAACAAAUGCUUCAAUGCUUCUUUAUUUAGGUGACUAUUAA